AUGGGGUGCCUGCUGCAGUACCUCAUUUUUGCACUUGAGCUCUCGCCGUGGCUUGCCCACGCUCAGCCUUCCCCAGCCUUGCAGAAACGUAUCACGGAAGACAUCGAAGCCGCCGCUGAUGCAACUGAACUCGACUAUACGGCCUUUGUCAACCCCUUCAUUGGAACUGCGAAUUUCGGCAAUGUCUGUCCAGGAGCAUCCCUUCCCUUUGGCAUGGUCAAAUUUUCGACUGAUAUGACGGGAUAUGCCCCUGCUGGAUACGUGGCCAACGCAUCCGAAUUUGUUCGUGGACUGAGCCCUUUGCAUGACAGUGGCACUGGGUCAUCUUUGGGUACAUACGGGAACUUUGAAGUGAUGCCUGUACUCUGUCCUGGGGGGUUUGAGACCUGCACCACUUCACUUAACGCCCGUCAGCGGCUCAGGAAACCGUUCACCGAUGACGGUGCUCCGGGGUACUUUACCCUCACAUUGGACAAUGACAUUAAGAUGGAAGCUACUGCAACCCGACGAGCAGGUCUGGAAAGGUUCACGUUCCCGCCAAAUACCAAACCGUACUUCGUGCUCGAUAUGGCCAAUGAUUUACCUGCGUCUUUCGCUGGCGGAGAACUUCUUAUCCACCCUGACGAAGGUAGGAUCACCAUCGGGGGUCGCUAUGGCUCUAGUUUUGGUCCUGGGAGGUUCAACUAUCAGGCGUUCGCGUGCUACGAUCUUCUCGACGGAGGAAAACAGAAGCUCGAAGAAUACGGCGUUUGGACAGCUGACAAUUACGGGCUUGAUGCGAAAGGGCUGGGCCUCACCCGACUCAACCUGUCACUCAACUUGAUCGGCGGCAUCUACCAAUCCGGUGCCUUAUUCUCGCUUAUACCUGAGGAUCCUGAGACGAAUGAACUCAACAUCCGUGUCGGUAUAUCCUUCCGGUCGGUCGACCAGGCUUGUGCAAACGCUGAAGAAGAAAUUGGUUCUGCAAGCUUUGCAGAGAUUCGCGAGCGGGCUCGGGUCCUGUGGCAAGAGAAGCUUUCCAGGAUUGAGAUCGACGUUCCUGGCACACCGCCUAAUAUAACGCAGAUGUUCUAUUCGUCACUGUAUAGGAGCUUUUUGACCCCGAACAAUGCGACGGGCGAAAGCCAGGGUGUAUUCGCGGAUACAACCUCGCCAUAUUUUGAUUCUCUGUACUGCAGUUGGGAUACUUUCCGGACCUUCUUCCCUCUCCUCGGAUUGCACUCGCCUGAAGAAUACGCAGAGAUUGUCGAGACUUACAUCGACGGUUGGCGCAAACACGGAUGGAUGCCUGAAUGUCGUGCCAACAACCUUCAAGGAUGGACGCAAGGAGGUACCAGUGCCGACAACAUUGUCGGGCAUUUCGUGGUCCACUAUCACAAUGAAGCCGAGAGACUUGGAAUAGAUGUUGAAGAAGCGUAUCGGGCGAUGGUCACUGAUGCUGAAGUGAAUCCGCCGGAGUGGAACAUCCAAGGCCGACAAAUCAACGUGUACAAACAGUACGGGUAUGUUCCGUUCGCGGUAUUGGAUACUUCAAGCACUGGUAGACAAACUCGAGAAGGAAGCCGGACCCUUGAAUAUGCGUUCGAAGAUUUUGCGAUUCGACAGGUGGCCCAGUUGCUUGAACGACCUGAUGAUGUUGAGAAGUACACGAACAUGUCACUGUUCUAUCGUAACAUCUGGGAUGAAACUGUCGAGAGCGACGGUUUCAAAGGAUUCUUUCAGAAACGGUACCCGAAUGGAACCUUUGCGUAUACCGAUCCGACCAACUGUUCGCCUAAGGACAAGAAUGAGACGAGACCCUGCUCUCUCCAGGGAUCGAACACCAAUGGUUUCUAUGAAUCUAGUUCUUGGGAAUAUAGUUUCUUUGCACCGCACGACACGGCUUAUUUGAUCGACAUCAUGGGUGGAAAUGAGACGUUUGUGAAGCGAUUGGAUCACUUCUUCGACGAAGAGUAUUAUCUCGCAGGGAAUGAACCAUCGUUCCAGACCCCAAUCGGUUAUCACUACGCGGACAGGCCCACCAAAUCCGUGCAACGUGUUAGGGAGGUGGUGUUCCAGAACUUUGGAGUAGACGCGGAUGGUCUUCCAGGAAACGAUGAUCAGGCAGCUAUGGCCACCUUACUGGCUUUCCAUAUCUUGGGAUUGUACCCAAUUCCUUCAACGACCCAAUACCUGGUUCUCUCGCCCAUGGUUCCCAAGUAUACGAUCCACACUCCCUUCCUGAAUGUCAGCACCACCGUUCGCGUAGUCAAUUACGACCCCAAGUCAGUCGCAGAAAAGAUACCACCCGGCGCUGCAGCAUACGUCAAGGAUGUCUCCGUCAUCGCGAACGACGGAUCAGUACGAUGGUCGACCGAAACCAAUGGAACGGCUACGGUGACGCCUAAUCCCAGUGGUUCAAGAUGCCACCUUGAUUUUUAUGAUACCUUCCGGCUGGGUGGUGAGAUUGUUAUUACCCUGACACCGGAUACACACCAUGUGGAUAGCUGUGGUGGUACUCUGCCUGACAGUAUUUCGACUGGAGGAUGGAGCGAGGCGAGGAGGUAG